AGGAGGUAAACACCAGACAACGCUCCAGGAUGGCCGCCUCGCUACUCAGUACCAGCUUCUUGUGUAGUGAUUUUUCUCCUCGCAAUCUCCUGGGCGUCAACACUGACGUGGAGGAGCAUGUCCUGAUAACUAGCAAGAGUGUGGUUAAGCGCUAUAAUGUUCUUGAUCGGAGACAGAUUAGAAGUUGGACAACAAAGAGUUGGAACCCCUUCACCUCGGCCGCUGUGUAUGACAAGGAAUCAAACAAAGUUGUAUCAGUCAUCAGUAACACAACCUUAUCUCAAUGGAGUCAUGAGGAUGAUGACAUUGAUAAAGUCAAACGACAUGCUUUUGAAACACCAAUUCAUCAGCUAUUGGCUAGUGAAGGUACCGUGUAUGUGGUCUUCACAAGUGGCCAAAUCGAAAAUCUAGCUACUGCACUAAACUCUAGAAAGCAAGUCAAGCCAGGGUUCCUGUCUGAAGGAGAGUCCAUUUGCUAUGUACAAAUCAUUAAGAAUGCCAAGCUGGUAGUUAUGGUGGUGGAAAAGGAGGGCAGUCCUCUACGACUGUUUCGGCUGGAGCUGACUGAAUGUAUGUCUAGUGCCUCCGUUAGUCACAGUUUAACGCUGGCCAAUGCUCAACUCUCGGGAAUCUGUGCUCUGUCGUCCUCAGAGCUCGUCACACUGUGGUCUACAGGAGAUAUAUAUAGUUUUGAUCUUCAAACUGAGUACCUCGAGAAACUGCCGGGACGACAACGUGCAACUGAAAAAUCAAUAGUGGCCUCGAAAAACUCCAAAAUUUUGGAGUUGUCUCCAAGUCACAUUGCUAUUGUUGGCUUAGAUAAGGGAGAUGAAGGUGGAUUACUAGUGCUCUGGGAUAUCAAGUUUGCUAUGGUCACUAGUUGUCGUAAGCUGAAGAUGUACCACAAUCCUCCACUAGCCUGGGUGUUGACAGAGGGAGUGAUUGUGGCUGAAGGCGGGUCGCUGGCUCUCAUUCCCUAUGUUGUUCAAGAGUCUAACCUGGCAACAGUUUUUGGUACCAAAGUAUCAGAAACACGUGAAUUUCCCUCUGAAGUUUGUCAUAGCUGGUUGAACGAAAAACACAGAGCUCAUCAAGAAAUGGUGCCAAAGGAAGCAACACAAACUAUAUUCUGCAAUAAAAGCAAGGAGCUUGGUAAUAUAGUUCAGAAUCUACAUAGAGGAGCCUUGUCUGAGAGCAUACUUGUGGCAGAGGUGCUGGCACAGCUAAUAGACCAGAAGAAGCUGCGUCUCCUCGAUGAGGCGAUUGACGUGUUCAGCAAUAUCCCUGAGACGUGUCUUGUUGACGCCCUCAACUUUUACUUGCAGUGUAAAGAUAUGGAAUUUGAAGGUCUGUGCCAGUGUCCUCCACUACAGAUGGAGUUUGAGCCUCUAGAGGAAGAUGGAGACAAAAUCAUAUGUCCAUUUAAUUCCGCCAAGGCACAUUUCAUAAAUGGGGUUUUGCAGAAGCCCUUUACAGAUGUACAGCUGCUCAUUGAUCUACCAAGAAUUUCUUUCAGCAAUGCUCUCGUUCUCAUUCAGUACCUGCAUUACUUGAUAGCAACUGGUGAGGCAGAAGAGAACCCAGAAGGGGUGCGUGUGCCUUCAUUGUGUCAGGCCAGCUUGUGGCUCAGCAUGCUAUUUGACACUAAUUAUCACCAGCUGGUCUUGACCUCUGAGGUCAGCAUCCACCGCCUCCUCCUCUCCUGCUUUACACACAUUACAAACUUGCGCAAGUUUCUAGAAGGUUUGGUGGAUACGGAGCCUUUAGUCAAGUGGGUUCUGGAGGCCAAGAGUCUUCCCAAACAAACGCAUUCUUCUGCCCUGUACUCGAUUGAACGUCUAAUUAUAAGUUGAUCUCAAAAUACUUGGUAGACAUCAUAAAUCAAACAAUUAUUUUAUAGAUGGAAUAAGAUGCUUAGAUAAAGUGGACAAUAGUGAGUGUUUUCAAUUUGGAAAGCUUUAUGGUUAGUUUUUUGUAUUGUUAUUAAAUUUGUGCCAGAUAUAAUAUACAACACAAAUGUUGGAUAUUAAUAUAUUUUACAUAAAAUGCUAAAAACUUACAAUUAAAAAUCAAAUUCACUUUGAAGAAUUCUUUUGACCAUGCUUUUGAGAAUUGAGUGCAAUUUUUCUUCUUUUUUUUGUCAAUGAGUUCACUGCGGCACUCGACAGAUUACUGUUCACCCAAAGUGAAGUGGAUGUCGAGGAAAUAGAAUCUGAACUACCACUGCUUUAUUGUUGUAAAUUACACAAGACUACAAACUGUUAAGGCCUACAUGCAGGGAGUUCCUGUGGGAAAACGGUAAAUCUAAGGAAGAUUUCUAAGGAACAACAUGAUAUUUUCCUAAGGAAGGUUUCUUAGGAACAACAUAUUUUUCCUUCGCCUGAAACAAAUAUAUAUUAAGUUGUGUUAGGACAAGUUGACUGAGUUAGUGGUUACAAAGGUAGAAGCUAUUACACAACAAAAAUAAAGCAUAGUUUGUCCCCAGGAGCAGACAGUCUUUUUCCCAGUGUCCUUAAAGAAUGUAAAGAUGAGCUCAGUGAACCCAUUUAUUAAAUUUGAAUAAAUAAUUAGUCAAGCAGAAUACCGGAGUCAUGGAGGGUUGCAUAUGGAGUUGCAGGCUCUUACAGAUGGAAACGGUUCACAUUUGCUUCGAACUAUUAGCCAAUUUGUUUAAUGUCAACUGAGGAAAUUUGCUUGAAUCAUUGAUCACAAAAGUCAUUUGUUUACAUCCUGAAAAAACAUAAAUUUAUAAAGGAUUAACAGCCUGCUUUUACUAAGGACUGAUCAUUAUUAAAAAAUUUACGUUUUUUCUUCAGGGCGUUUGAUAAUGGAAAGGAUUGCAGUAACUUGUGUGUAUCAAAGCCUUAGAUAAUGUACUUCAUGAAAGACUUUUUUUUUUUUUCUUUCUUUUGAAAGUUGAAGGAGCAUGGCACUGGGGAGGUUGUCUAAAGUUGAGUGAGGGAAUGGUUAUUUCAAAGGCAACAGGUCUAGCACGAAUGGAGUUUAACAUUUUGGUUAAAAUGUUAAAAUUCCACCCAAAUCGCACCACAAGGUAAGCCGGAUGUUGUCGAUGAGCACACAACCCAAUGUUAAACUCUUUCACUGACAAUGUUUAUACUUAGUAAUAAGAAUAAGCAAUAAUUAAUGCAUGGUGGCAUUGACGUCAUACCCUAAACUGCGUGUAUUUUUUGAUGACUCUGAGUGCGCCAUAAUCCAGCGAAAGUGUUGAGUUUAGGUGGGAAACCGUUGCAAGAGGAGUACCGUAGGGCUUGGUCUUGGGACCUCUAUUGUUUGCCAUACAUAUAAACAAUUUAGACAUAGGAUUCAACUGCAAUGUUUGCAGAUAUGCAAAUAAUACGAUUAUAGAGUGGGGUACAUAUUUAAGACACAAAAUUGCUUCAAGAUGAUUUAGUUAGACUUUUAACCCUCUGAAUAUGACUUAUUUCGUCAAAAUUUUAAAUUUGCCUGUGCACAAAAAAUAUAUAGACAAUUUGACAAAAUAAUUUGUGCUUAUUAAAUGAUUCAUUUGCAUGAAGAAAGAAAACUCUCUCUUCUGGUCUUCUGGUUUUGAGAGUUGUAGAAGGAAACCAGAUGAAAGGGAAUAUUAAGAAAGUGUUAAAUACUGUAUAACCCUAAACAGUGGAUACAAAGUGGAUAAGUUUAAAUACAGAAAAGAUCUGGUUUGGAAAAGAUCUGGUUACAGAAAAAUACUGGUUUGGAAAAAGAGCUGUCGAUUUAAAGUGCAGAUUACUGAAUAACAUAAUCAGUGUAUUCACCUAGUUGUGCUUGCAUGGGUUGAGCUCUGGCUCUUUCGGCCCGCCUCUCAACUGUUAAUCAACUCUUUUUUUUUUUUUUCACACACACGCACCCAGGAAGCAGCCCAUAACAGCUGUCUAACUCCCAGGUACCUAUUUACUGCUAGGUGAACAGGGGCAUCAUGGUGAAUGAAAUUCUGCCCAUUUGUUUCCGCCAUCGUUGGAGAUCGAUUCCUGGUCCCUAGGAUUAUGAAUCCUGAGUGCUGUCCACUCAGCCACCAGUGUGGGAUUGCUUGAUUGUUUCAAGCAAAGGUUAAUCAUACUGUAUGAGUAAAUUUGUUGGAAUAAAUAGAAGGUGCUGUCUAAGAGCCAAUAGGCCAGUAGUUUCUUUUAUUUUUGUGUUUUGUGUUUAAUAGACAAUGCAGAGAUGCCUAAAGGAAUGGAAAAAAUAUGAACACAACAAAGUAAGCAGGUUUAGGGAAAGCUCUCGGCUGCUAGCAGAAGUCAGAAUGCAUCUACUCCUGUACUUAAAUGUGUAUAAACAUAGAGGAAAACAAAGAAAUAAGUAUACUGGAGUUAGAAUAGAUGCUAAAAAACAAUUUGACAAUGAUCCUGGCACAAAAGCCAAAGAUCAGCCCAAGCUGGUACACUUGCAUGGGUAUUUGUGCCACAACUGAGUAUUUGUCCCACCAUAUGUCCACUUAAUUCAAACGGCAAAGAGUCCAGCUAUAUUUAAAAAAAAAAAGUUUGGGAAUAUUUUACACCUAGGUGUAUGAAGUAGUAUGGCAGUACUGGGGUAUUUUAGUGGAGUGUGACUGCAGUUUCAGUGUAGUAUUACUGGGAAGUUGAUAGGUUUGUGUAUUUUAACCUAAAUUCUGUUUCUUCUGGGGCCAAAUAACUUCCAGUCCUGUCAAAGUGAGGAAUGGGUUUGUGAAGAAUAUUGUGAAUAUUAUCUAUCUAUAUAUAGAUAUUCAUAUUCUUCAUAUUGAAGAAUAUGAAUAUCUUCAUAUUGAAGAAUAUGAAUAUCUUCAUAUUGAAGAAUAUGAAUAUCUUCAUAUUGAAGAAUAUGAAUAUCUUCAUAUUUCCAUAUUGUUGUGCUUAGUGUUUUAAUUGUCAGUGAAAACAAAUUUCAGUCUUGAAUCGUUAAUAUCUUUAGCAUGCAUGAAUUGUAUUUGCUUCAUAUAUUUCAAAUAUAUAAAAAAGUAACAUGCUUAACCUAGU